UUAUUUUUUUUUUUAUAUUCAUAUACACAUCUUCUUUACCACGCGUUAAGUUAAAAUGGCCAAGACAACUACACCAGAAUUAAAAAAAUACAUGGAUAAACGUCUUGCUCUUCAAUUAAAUGGAAAUCGUAAAGUUACUGGUAUUCUUCGUGGCUAUGAUCCUUUCAUGAAUAUCGUUUUAGAUGAAACUGUUGAAGAAAUCAGUGCAAAUGAAAAGCACAAUAUUGGCAUGGUGGUCAUUCGUGGCAACAGUAUUUCUAUCAUGGAGGCUCUUGAGCGCAUUUAAAUGACUCUGUACAGUACACUCAAUAUUAAACAACAUUAUCAAUUUGCUUUUAUGAUGGAGAUUAUUAUAUAAUAAAAAUAAGAUUUAUUAAUGUGAAAAAAAAAAUUAUUUAUCCUUUUUGGUUUCCUGAUUUUUGUCUUCUACUUCUUCUUCACCGACUUGACCAUAUUCAUUGGCACGACGAU